GUAAUAAUAAUUUGCUUCCUUGGAAACAUGAGCGAGUAAGCAUCUGCUUACCAUCUGCAACCUUUACGCGUUUAAUUAAAGCCACAGGUGCACUAUCCAACCAAUACAGGAUAAUUUAAGCCACAGAUGAACUGAAACCAUAACCAGCGAAUCUAUAAAAGAACACAACUAUAUAUGCGGGUAUUGCCGGCGUUCCUCAGCCGCACUCAGCUCACAGCUUUGAUUAAAUACAUGAUUUGAAAAUGUAAAUUUAGAAUUAUAGAGAUAUAUAUAAAGAAAACAAUAACAACAUUACUAGUAGAGAUUCUUUAAAACACAAACAAAAAAAAAGGUAAGAGGGAGCGUGUUUUCCGGUGGAAAAGACCGAAGAGUGGAAAAGACGUGGCAACAUAGGCACCGCUGGAUCGUGAACACUUGAUGAUCAACGGUAUAGAUAUAUUUUGGGCGAUGAGCGUUUGUGGAAAACAAACAAAAAAAGAAGAGAGAGAGAGAAUAAGAAGAGGGGAAAGAGUCAGAGAGGAGCAUUAAGGACAUGGCGGCGUUGCAGAGCGCGAGACAGAAGAGAAACAAAACUCUCUGAUCGCUCGAAUCUCUCUUAAAUACUCUCUAUACCGACAAUCCAACUUUCACAGUUCCAAAAGCUUUAUUCGAUUUCUAAAACAAACCAGAUAACAUAAUAUCAUCUUCCUCACCAAUUGAUCGUUUCUUCUUGUGGAAAGAUUAGAAGACAUGUGGGAGUGUUGAUUAAGUGGAAAAAGAAAAGCCCUUGAAAUUUGGUAAUAUAUGGCUGGUUGUGUCCGACUAUGGCAGGCUUUUUCUCGCUAGGCAACGGCACAGGAGUAGAUGGAGGAGGAAGCCGCCAAGACGCCACUACUACUAAUACAAAUAAUAAUUCUUCUCCAUCCGGAAACGAAUCUUGGCUCUGGUGCAGAAACCCUAACUCAAACGCAAACGCUGGGUGUGGUGAUAUCGCUCCUUCUUACAAAGGAACACUUGAGUUAUGGCAACACUCAAACAAUCAACAAAUCAUUUUCCAGCAGCAGCAGCAACAAAGGCUGAAUCUCUACACUUCCGCUGCUGGUUUAGGCGUUGGUCCAAGCAACCGGAGCUUAAUUGAAGCUUCCGGCGGUGAAGCCUCCGGUUUAACGAUGAUGAGAAGUGGUGGCGGCGGCGGCGGACCCAGCUGCCAGGACUGUGGGAACCAAGCUAAGAAAGAUUGCGCUCACAUGAGGUGCAGGACUUGCUGCAAGAGCCGAGGCCUUGAGUGUCCCACUCACGUGAAAAGCACGUGGGUUCCUGCCGCCAAACGCCGGGAACGCCAACAGCAGCUUGCCUCCUCUCAGCAUCCGCAAGGUGAGAACGUUCCUAAACGGCCGAGAGAGCAUUUCCCAGUCCCAGCAAAAUCUACUUCCCUUGUGUGCACUCAUAACACCUUAGGGCUACAGGUUGGAAAUUUUCCACCGGAAAUUAGCUCAUCUGCAACUUUCCAGUGUGUGCGUGUGAGUUCGGUUGAUGAGGGAGAAGAUGAAUAUGCAUACAAAACAGCUGUGAGUAUAGGCGGUCACGUAUUCAAAGGUAUUCUCUACGACCAAGGUCCGGCCGAGAGAAGCUCCUCGGACGGUGGAUCUCAGCCGUUGAAUCUCAUAACCGCAGGGCCAUCGGCCUCCUCGUCAAGCGCAAAGGUGAGCUGCAACAAUGGAGUCGUUGGCUCCACUUCAGAUCAUUACAUUGAUCCUGCCUCACUUAAUUAUCCUACCUCCAACAACAGUUUCAUCACUGGUACACACUUCUUCUCCAACCCUAGAUCUUGACAGAUCAUAGCCAUUUAAUUCUUACAGUACAACUAGGGUUUGUAGAACGGAGGAAGAGGAGUUUAUAACGUUAAUCAGUGUUUUAAAGAUUAAUCUCCAAAUCCUGAGAAUGUUUAUAUUCUAUAUUUAAAUCGUUACCUGUCUUUUAAUAUUAUGUACAAUUUCUGUUAAAAAAAGUUAAGUUCUCUA